UGUAAAGACAUCUUCUGCAUUGGAGGUUUCCCGCUAUCUUACAAAGUCUGUUUACAUCAUCCUACUUCGACUCUCAGUCAGUGUUUCGAGAAAAAUGAGCAAGGCUAAGGAUGCGCAAGCAGUGAAAGCAGUUUUAGACUAUCUCAACCGACAGAACAGACCAUACAGUGCAAUAGACAUAGUCAACAAUCUUCACAAGGAAUUUGGCAAAACUGCAGUAGUGAAGGCAUGCGAGGGGUUGACAGAGGCUGGAAAGAUCAGAGAGAAAGUGUACGGUAAACAGAAAGUCUACGUAGCAGAUCAGUCACAGUUUCCUGAUGUUGAUGAUGGGGAGAUCAAGGAGAUGGAUGCCCAGAUAUCACAGUUGUCUGAGCUGACCAAGAGGCGUGGGGACGAGGUCCGCAGACUGGACAGUGAAUUGAAAGGCCUAAACAACACAAUAUCUACAGAAGAAGCCAAAAAGCAGCUGGCAGAACUUGAAAAAGAGUGUUCAGUCUGUAAACAAAAGUUGAUCAAGUUAAAGGAAGGUGGGAACACCAUCACACCUCAGGAAAAAGACAAGAUUUAUAAUUCACGUAAAGGUUUUGUCAAGGAAUGGAGGAAAAGGAAGAGAAUGGCAAAUGACAUUCUGAAUGCAGUCCUGGAAGGCUAUCCAAAAACAAAGAAACAACUAUACGAAGAAGUUGGAAUUGAAACAGAUGAAGAGUACAAAGUUUCUCCACCAGAAGUUUGAGAAAGUGUAAAAAAGAAAUACUGUAUGUCCCUCGCUUCAUUCAAUCAAGGCACAUAAUAACGCGUCCCUAACCUUGACUGACGCGUCGACUCUGACUUGAUGUUACACUUUCAGAUAUGUGUUAGAUUCUGAGAAAUGUUUUCUGUUGAAUCCAUAAUCAGAAAAAUAUUGAAGAGACAAAAUCCAAAUACCAAGCUGUACCCAAGUACUGUAAUAUAUAUAUCCUUUUGUUAUUGAUGUUUGUUAUCUAUUAAACUUAUCUAUAAUUA